AUGGAGAUGGAAAAGAAGGUUGAGUUUGUUGAAGGAAAGGUGGAUUGGAAGGGAAGGACAGCUGUGAAACAUAAACAUGGAGGAAUGAGAACUGCUUUUCUCAUACUUGCUACAUUUGGUUUUGAGAACAUGGCAACUUUGGCUUUGGCGGUGAACUUGGUUACAUACUUCAAUGGGGUGAUGCAUUUUGAAAUAUCUGAUGCCGCUAACCAACUUACCAACUUCGCCGGCACUGGUUAUAUUCUCUCCAUUAUCAUGGCCAUCCUUGCAGACACAUUCUUCGGCCGAUUCAAAACCCUUCUCAUUUCAGCUUGCUUCGAGUUCGUCGGGCUAGGAUUACUAACCGUGCAAGCUCACUAUCCAAGUCUCCAGCCACCGGUCUGUAACGUGUUUGAUCCAACUUCUUCUUGCGAGAAAGUUACUGGUGGCAAUGCUGCUUUGCUUUUCAUUGCUCUCUACAUAUUGGCAGCAGGAGCUGCAGGAGUCAAAGCUACCUUGCCAUCACAUGGUGCAGAUCAAUUUGAUGAAAAAGAUCCAAAAGAGACGAGGCAGAUGUCGAGCUUCUUCAACCUGCUCUUACUAGCAGUAUGUCUGGGUGGUGUGGUCAGCCUAACACUAAUUGUGUGGAUCCAAGACAAUAAAGGAUGGGAUUGGGGAUUUGGGAUUUCUACAAUCGCCAUGUUCUUGGGUGUCGUCGUCUUCUUUUCAGGAUUGCCUAUGUACCGGAUACAAGCUAUUCGAGGAACUAGUGCAAUAAUCGAAAUUAUACAGGUGUAUGUUGCCGCGGUCCGCAACAGAAAUCUCACCCUUCCUGAGAACCCUUCAGAUCUCUAUGAGAUCGAGGCAGACAAGGAAGCUUCACUUGAAGAAGAAUUCCUACAUCACAGACCCAUUUUCGGCUUCUUGGACAAGGCAGCAAUUAAACGAGGGCAAAAUGAUGACGCCGAAUCUCUAAACUCAUGGAAGCUUUGCAGAGUCACCCAAGUCGAAAAUGCAAAGAUAAUACUAGGCAUGGUGCCCAUAUUCCUAUGCACAAUCAUAAUGACUCUUUGCUUGGCUCAGCUCCAAACCUUUUCAAUCCAACAAGGCCUCACCAUGGACACAAGCAUUACAAAAAACUUCAAAAUCCCACCAGCCUCACUCCCCAUCAUCCCAAUCAUGUUCCUCGUGAUCAUAAUCCCCGUCUACGACAGAAUCUUUGUCCCCUUGGCCAGCAAAUUCUCAGGCAUUCCCUCCGGAAUCACCCAUCUACAGCGCAUAGGCGUCGGCCUAGUCCUCUCCUGUGUCUCCAUGGGCGUGGCUGGAAUCAUGGAAGUCAAGAGAAAAGACGUGGCGAGAGACCACAACAUGCUGGAUGCAAUCCCAGUGCUGCAGCCACUCCCCAUCAGCACAUUCUGGCUGUCAUUCCAGUACUUCAUUUUCGGAAUCGCUGACAUGUUCACCUACGUCGGUCUCCUUGAGUUUUUCUACUCGGAGGCACCAAAAGGGCUCAAGUCCAUCUCGACUUGCUUCCUAUGGAGCUCAAUGGCACUCGGGUACUUCUUCAGCACAGUGUUGGUUAAGAUUGUGAAUGCGGCAACACAUGGGAGCAAUGGGGGUUGGCUGGCUGGGAACAACAUCAACAGGAACCACUUGAACCUUUUCUAUUGGUUGCUUUCAGGGAUGAGCUUCUUGAACUUCUUCCUCUAUCUGUUUGUUUCAAGGAGGUAUAAGUAUAGG